AUGGGGGCGGGACCGGAACUGGACUGUGGGAUCCAUCUUGGUCUGGAUGGGACGGACGCUCUGCCGUACACUGACCUGAUGGACCUGGCUGAAAUGGACCUGCUGCUCAUCAGCCACUUCCACCUGGAUCACUGUGGAGCUCUGCCCUGGUUCCUGCAGAAGACCAGCUUUAAAGGACGCACCUUCAUGACUCACGCCACCAAGGCCAUCUACCGCUGGCUGCUGUCCGACUACGUCAAAGUCAGCAGAAACAGGCUUGAGUCUUCUCAAGACCCGCUCUUAUCUGGGGCCUAUGACGUGUUCGGCUUCUGACAGUGGAAUUUACCAAAAACAACCAAGUGUCCAGAUCUGCUUUUCUUCCUAUUGUUGCAGUGGAAGAAUGCUUGGACUAUUUUGAACACUUAUGCACAUAUGCCUUUCCUUGCCUGCUUUCUGCCAUCAUUCUCACCCUGUAGGAGGUUUAAUGAGUUUCUUUAAAGACUGCCCAUUCAAGGAAACCUUACUUACCUCUCCCUCUAUAUAAUAAACUGUUUUGUUGAAUGCA